CAACAGUAGCGGCCGUCAUUGUGUCGACGUCGUAGUCGUAGUCAUACAAAAGACCAGCACUAACUAGUGUGAGUAGUAAUGUUGUAUAAUGCAUACAACAGUACAACUUAAGGUGAUGUGCGGAGUUUCUCAUAAGAAAAUUUAAUUUUUUUGUGUCUGCUGAAAAAAAAAACAGAUUUCUAUCAAACAUUACCUAGUUUGGCAAACGUACAAAAAGUAUACAUUGGCCGUGAUUUGCACGAGCACAUUCCCAGUGAAAUAAUCGAUUGGAAAAUUCGAUAAAAACCAAAUAAUUGUUACUCACAAAUGGUGUAUAGAUGAGCGCAAUUUAAAAAGAAUCGAAUGAAGAUACAAAAUCGGCCGAAAAGAAACAAACAAAGAAAAAGAUGAAAUUGGAGCCAAAGUCACAUCGGUCUCGUGUGAUGCAACUCUGUGAUUCGUCAUCCGAUGAAGAGAGCACGACAAAUGGUAAAGACAGUCAAGAUGAGCCAAUGGACACUGAAGAAGAGGUGGUUGUAAAGAAAGAAAAGGAAAACAAAACACCGUCGCCCGAAAAAAUGGCGAGCAACAAAGUGAAUGGAAGUUCAAGUGGCAAACGUCGUGCUAAAGUUAAGAAAACUGUCACAAGAACAUAUGAAGAUGAAGGUGGUUUCAUAAACACCGUUCGUGAAACAGAAGAAGUCAGUUGCUCCAACGAGGAACCAGAAGUAGCACCACCACCACCGAAGAAGGCCGCUGCAAUCUAAACAACGGCAGCAGUUCAACUGCAACCGAAAAGAAAUAUGGUUUGUUUACUAAUUUAGUUGAAUGCAUCACUGAUGGCGCACCAUCAACAAGACACAUCAUUCUGACGUUUGAUCGAAACCAAUUGCAACUUUGACAGCGAACAAUUUGCUCCUAUUUUUUUUUAUUGGGACGCUUAUACAAAAUUCGUCCGAAAACAACACAAAAUAUUUUUGUGAUAGAAAAAGAGAACGAGUUACUCAAUAUCAAAACACCGUACAUAGCUUGGUAAUUAACAAUAGAAAUUCAACAGAAUCUUACAAUAUUCGAUACAGUGGUUGAUUAUUGGUCUUGCUUUUGCUUUUGCUUGGUGUUGCAAAAAAAAAUCGUGCGUGUAAUGUUGUAGUGUAUUCAUAUGUGAAGCUUGAAUGAACGUCUAUACUUCGAAAAGGAAAAUUAAUAUCAUAAGUGCAAAAAGUGGCUACGAAGUGUCAACAGAAUAUUUGCAUGGACCAAACAAUGUAAAUUGAUACGGAAACAAAAACCCAUAUGUUUCUGCUGCUGUUUGAGAUCUGAUAGUUGUUCGGUGGAUGGAGAAAUAAUUGUUCAUACUUUUCAAUUAGUCGUUUAAUUGUUUGUUUGCAUUUACGCUACGUGUACAAUAAUUUACAGCUUUUGUGUUCAUAUGUAUUUUUGUAGUCGAUCGUGACAUGUUUUUUGUCAUUUAUAUCUUUUCGCUGGAAUUGUAAACUUCGUCGUUUUUUGUGCAGCAGCAAAUGCAAUAAAAAACCGAUAUAAUCACAUUAAUACCUUUCUGGAUAAAAUGCACAGUUAUCAAAAUGAUGAAUUGCAAAUGCUUUAACCUUACCCAAUGUCAUUAAAAAUUCCGAUAAAACAAAAACUCAACUCAACUCAAUGAAAUUGCAACGGACUGAGGCGGGAACAAAAUCUCAUUAUUCGUGGUAGAGAGACAAUUUGUAAUCAAUAGAAAUCAUGUCGUUUGUUAGUGGUAAUUCAAGUAACGAAGCGGUGCAAAAGUUCUUGGAGAUUUUGCAAAACGAUUUCCGCACAUUGGCCAACGAAACGAAGAAAAAAUACCCACAAAUCAAAGAGUCAUGUGAAGAAGCAAUAAUAAAACUGGAAGCAGCGUCAUCGACGCCAUCGACUCAACUUUAUUAUGUCGUCAAUCAAAUUUUAUAUGCUUUAGUUCAGGGUUGUGGAUCGAAAGAUGUGAAAAUUAUCAAGUAUUGCCUUGGAAUGAUGCAACGAUUAAUAACACAACAAGUAGUCGAUCAAAAGGGUGCUCGUUAUAUAACUGAUACUCUGUGGAUGUUAAUGGAGCAUGGAACGGAAGAAGUUAAAGUGUUGCAAACGGUUACUUUGUUACUGACGACAAAUAGCGUUGUGCACGGUGAAACACUGGCCAAAGCACUUGUUUUAUGCUUUCGUUUGCAUUUCACCAAAGAUUCGACAACGAUAAAUACGGCCGGUGCCACGGUGCGGCAAUUAGUUUCACUGGUGUUCGAACGAGUCAUUACUGAGGAUCAGGAAUCGGAAGCCUCAACGUCAGAAGAGCAACCGAUACAAGAAGUGAAUAUUGAAGAAUUGAAACAAGCCCCUGGCCAAGCACCAAAAGGACUCAACGUGUGUGCGUCCGAUGCAUUUUUGCUGUUCCAAGACUUGGUACAGCUUGUGAAUGCUGAUCAGCCAUGGUUCUUGCUUGGAAUGACCGAAAUGACUCGCACAUUCGGGUUGGAACUUCUGGAAACGGUUUUGACCACAUUUUCCCCGGUUUUCUUCAAGCAUCCCGAAUUCUCGUUCCUGUUAAAAGAACGGGUGUGCGCGCUUGUGAUCAAACUCUUUUCACCGAAUAUCAAAUACCGAACCGUUGUUCAGACAAAUCCUCAGCAACCAGUUGCGUUGGACAAACCAUAUUUUCCUAUUAGCAUGCGCCUAUUGCGUGUCGUAUCGAUUCUAAUACAGAAAUAUCACCGCCUUUUAGUGACUGAGUGCGAAAUAUUUCUAUCUUUAAUCGUUAAGUUUUUGGAUCCGGAUAAACCUGCUUGGCAACGCUCCUUGGCACUCGAAGUCAUUCAUAAAAUGACCGUACAGCCGGAGCUGCUCGUGUCAUUUUGCCAAUGUUACGAUUUAAAGGAUCAUGCAACGAACAUCUUUCAAGAUAUCAUCAACUCACUCGGAGCCUACGUUCAAAGCCUAUUCGCACCAACACACUCGAAUAGUGUUAAUGCUGUUUCGACACCCACUCAAACAUUGCCGAUGAUGAGCACAUUACCGAUGGUACCGGGCGCAUCACAACAAGCCGGAUUCCUAUUUAGAAGUGUCUGGCUGCCGCUUAUUGUUACAUUCCCAACCGGACAAUCCAAAUCAACAUUCUUGGAGAUGCUCGACAAAGUUGAACCACCACCAAUACCGGAUGGAUUUGGAAUUUCCGUGGCAUACGCUUGCCUUCUGGACAUUGUUCGAUCGAUUUCGUUGGCUGUUCUUGGUCCAUCGAAGAUUGGAGAGGAGAAACCUACACCGUACAAGGAUAACGUAUCUGAAGCUGAUCGACAAUUACACGCCCAACUGAUAACAUCGAGUUGGUGCGGUCUGCUGGCUGCUUUAACUCCUCUAAUUGAUGCGGCUACCGAUGAAUCAGUUACUGAGAAUGUUUUGAAGGCAAUGCAAAACUAUGCCGCACUAUGCGGUACAUUGGAUAUUCAAACACCACGAGAUGCUUUCAUAACAGCAAUUUGCCGCUCAUCCUUACCUCCGCAUUAUGCAUUGUCAGUUCUGAAUAUGGGCUAUCAAUUCUCGGGCAUCAUAACUCAUUCUCGUUCUCCGAGCCAAGACCUAAAUCAUCAAUAUAUGACAUCGUCAUGCGGCGAAAAUGAUUUUCGUCAUCAAGUUGUGGCUGUUGGAACGCCUUUGCCAACAACAUCGCUUCCAAUUGGCGCACAACAAGGACCGGUUAUGUUAACGGCUAAAAAUUUGCAAUGCAUGAGAGCGAUGCUACAUUUGGCCCAUUGCCAUGGGUGUAUAUUGGGCACCUCUUGGCAUAUUGUGCUCGCAACAUUGCAACAUUUAGUUUGGAUAUUGGGUUUGAAACCGUCGACGGGAGGAAGUUUACAGGUUGUGCCAAAAUUGUCCACCGAUGCAACAGCUGGAAUAACCACAUCGGUUAUGGCCGAUUUGCCCGUUCUAUCUCAAAUGCUGAGUCAAUUGUUCGAAUCUAGUCAGUACUUGGAUGAUGUUGCGCUACAUCAUUUAAUCGAUGCAUUGUGUAAACUAUCACAAGAGGCAAUGGAGUUGGCUUAUUCGAAUCGGGAACCGUCGUUAUUCGCUGUGGCAAAGCUAUUGGAAACGGGUCUAGUGAAUCUACCUCGCAUCGAAGUAUUGUGGCGACCGCUAACAAAUCACUUGUUGGAAGUGUGCCAACAUCCACAUAUUCGAAUGCGUGAGUGGGGCGUAGAAGCGGUUACGUAUCUCGUGAAAGCAGCACUGCAAUACAAAUACGAAACACCACUAAAGGAUAAUAUGACGCUGCAAACAUUACUUCUGAAUCCAUUGGCUGAGCUGUCGUCUGUACCGCAUGGCGACGUUCGUCAACGGCAAUUGGAAUGUGUUUUACAAGUAUUAAAUGGAGCUGGCGAAACAUUGACUCAUGGAUGGCCUUUAGUUUUGGGCAUCAUUGGCGCUGUUAAUGAUCGCCAUGGCGAAGCAUUGAUUCGAAUAGCAUUCCAAUGCUUGCAAUUAGUUGUAACCGACUUUUUGCCCGUUAUGCCUUGGCGCUCUGUCAACACGGCAGCUAAAUUCGGAUCUCAAACGCAGGAACUGAAUAUUUCUCUGACAGCUGUCGGUUUGAUGUGGAACAUUUCCGACUACUCCAAUCAAAACCAAGAUAAGCUGUCACAAACCGUGUCCGAAGAUCAAACUGUUUUGCCCGAUUUCCCGGGCACUCUAAAUAUACCGCACUUUGAUAAGCUGUGGAUGUGCUUAUUUGCUCGUCUUGGCGACUUGUGCGUCGAUUCACGACCUGCAGUGCGAAAAUCGGCAGGAAAAACACUGUUUUUAACCAUUUCAGCCCAUGGGAAUCUCUUGAUGCCGCCGACAUGGCAAUCAGUAUUGUGGCAAGUUCUGUUUCCUCUGUUGGAUAAGGUGCGAAGUCUAUCGAGUUCGGCGAGCAGUGAAAAGGUCGAUACCACCGGGAAUAUUUUAAUUCAUCACUCACGAAACACGGCACAAAAGCAAUGGGCCGAAACUCAAGUGUUAACUUUAUCAGGUGUGUCGCGAGUAUUCAAUACCAAACGGCACAUGCUACAAACGCUCGGCGAUUUCAUUCGGGCGUGGUCGCUGCUACUGGAGUUCAUUGAAAACGCUGCUUUAAGCAAAAGUAAUGGAGUCUCUUUGGCCGCUUUGAAAUCGUUCCAAGAAAUUCUCUACAACAAACCGAGCAAUGAGCACGACGAUGACAUGGAAAAGCAAAUGCCAGUUGAAGGAAUCGAUAUUAAUGGCACGGAAAAUAUGGACAUUUGGAAUAUUGCAUGGAAAGUGCACAAAUUCACUGAAGACGACCUUCGCCAACUGUGCACUGUGCUAAUGAAUGCCGUAGCUGUUCCCGUGCAUAGUGAUUCAACGCCAUAUAUAAUGAUAACCAUUUCGGACUCGCUUCUAACUCCGUUGCAUGACGGUGUGCUUGAGUGCAUGGAUAUUUUGUGCAAAGAAGUUCUACCUCCUUCAUCCCCAUUAAAAUCAAUGAAUGCAAUUAUUUUUAGUCAGCUGCUAAAUUUCAGUAAAUUCGCCUCUGUGCCACCAACGUUUGAUCGUCUUGAAACUAGGCCUUACAAAUCGAAUCGAAAUCAACAUCAGCACAAUCAAAAUCACUCGACAAUCGAAUGGGUUAGCAUGAACUACAUUUCAUUUGGUGAAAAGGCAAUGAAUGUUGCUGUCAAAAUUUAUUUACAAUGUGCCAACGAUCCGAUUGUAAUUGAAGAGCGCAUUUUGCUAGAGAUAAUCAACACUCUGAAAAUUCCAUUGGCAAUGAAGUACAAAUGCAUGACAUCGAGCACUUGGAAACUAGCAAUCGAAAGUUUGCUGGCUGUUCUGCAUGUUGGAUUGCCAGUGGCUCGACAGUAUCCAGAGUCAUUUGCUGAUGUUUGGCCUAUACUCUCCGGAACGUUAGAUAAAUUUUUGUUCCCAUCGAGAGUGUGUACGAUUGAAGAUCGUGGCAUUGAUGAAAUUGUAUUAGACGAAACCAUCGAUUGUCAAGUCAUUGAGAUGUUUCGUGACGAACCGUACGCUGAGCAUAUACCUCACCAAUUCAUCUUGGACAUUGUGACCAUUUUAAAUAAGGGAUCGAUUCACUUGGCCACCGCUCGGAAUAGUGUUUACGAUGCCGGAUUAAAACUUAGAGAAGAAUUCGCAAAGACAUGCUUUGAAACGCUGCUCGCUUAUUACACAUUAUUAGUUGAAUCCUGUCCAUUAUCUUUAAGUGAAAUAUAGGAUUUAUCUUGUAUCGAAAAAAAAUGCAUUCAACGUUUUGUAAUUUGUUUCCUGAAGAAAAUCGAUUUGUCAAUCAAAAAUUGAUCUAGAGAAACACACAUCGGAUAUGCAUAGAUCAAUUUCAAAAUGAAGAAUUUCUUUUUCAAGUUA